AUUCCGUGACACCUCGUCUUUACUGCGCUUGGCUUCAGUUGGGAAAAUUGUUAAUCAGUGAACUAUUUAUUUCGUGAUUUUGUUUCUGCUGACAGCUGACCGCAUCUGACAGAAAUGACAAAGUUUAUAUACAAGUGCAAGAAGACUUGGUUUCUGAUAUAUUAAGAGUUUUAACGCAAGUUGCUGGUACAUGGACGGGUGUGUGUUUGCGAUUAAUCAGUUGUAACUUGGAUGCAUUUCGAGUGGGAGAGUACGAGUCUCAGAAUAGUACAUCACUACAGUAAUACCAGUAGUGGUUAAAGGUGUCAAAUUGUGUUGAGAUUUGAACAACAUUACAUUAAACAUUGGGAAACAUGGAUCCAAAACCUUGUGCUGUUGUAGCUAGUUGCACUGACACGCAUCCUGAAGAAAUUGUCAAAUUAAUAUUGGGAGUUGAUGAUUUGCCAGAAGCUACCACUGUUGAAGAUGGAAUCAAAGCAUACCCUUGGCACAUAGAUACAAAGUAUUACACAGCUGAUGUUAAUUUGUGUGCAGUUGAGAAGAAAACUAUUGGAAGUGAACAAUUUGCCAUAUCUGUGGAAGCAGUUGUAAUAAACUUUGACAGUAAUAGAAAUGAUGGUCUUAAUGUGGUUGAAAGUUGGUUAGCUUUUCUGAGGGAAUUUGAACCAGAAGUACAAAUUCUUCUUUGUGACCGAUGUUAUGAAAAUCCAAAAGUAGGUGUAAGUCGUGUUAAAGCUCAAGAAUGGUGUGUUGAGCAAGGCUUUGAAUUGGUGGAACUAAAUCCAGAAUUAGACCCUGAGUGGGAGGAAGAACAAGAUUUCAUUGAAACGACAGGAAUAAAACGAGUUGUUCAGGCUAUGCAUGCUCACCUUUGGCCAAAUCUUCACAUGAAGGGAAAACCCCACAGCCUGUCUAAAUCUGUGCAGUCAAUGUUGAAUGGUGGUGCUGUAGAAGACAGCAAUAAAGUUGAAGUAGCCAGACUCGGCCAGGAUCUUCAAGGUAUUCGUUUGGAACCUAUUGACAAUGAUCAAAGAAGGACAAUGGAGGAACGGAUUGAUGAACUAUUGGGUGACAGUGGUAGUGUCGCAGGUUUUUCAUCCCUUUUUGAGCAGCUGUACAAUAUGAAACAACAAGUGCAGGGCCUACCCAGUGAGCAACGUAAGGCUUGUGCAGAACAAGUGGUGAUGGCAUUCUGGAGAGCAAUUAGUGGUGAUGAUGAUGAUGAUGAGCUGGCUGGUCUCAGUGAUCCAGGCGAGACCUGAGCUCUCUUCAUAACUUACAAAGUUGAAAUACAUUAAUAUGCAAUGUUAGAUGUUUAUGUGGAGUAAUUUGCACUGUAGCAAGUAGGUAUUAUAAGCUCAUGUAAAAUGUAUACACUGUUCAUUUUAAAAUGUUUUGUUAAAUUAUGUUUGUAAACACAAAAAUGUUUCCAGUUCUAAACUUAUUGUGGAUGAUAUAAAUUAAUAUCAGAAAAUAGAUGUUUGUAAUUGACUAAGCAGAUUUGAAAGAAUUGUUAAAAAGAGAUAAGGGUAGUCUAGGAAGGCUGCAGUUUUUCAGUAUUGUGGUUUUUGUUUUUGUUAUUUCUCUCUUUAUGAUCCAUAUUUUCAAGGGCAAUUAUUGUCUUACUGAUGAAAUUGAUUUAAAGAAUUUAAUGUGUCUUUAAUCCCUGUUAACAUCCAUCUCUACAGAUUUGUUAAGUACACAUGUACCUACCUGUAUGUUAAGAAAUUUAACAACCUUAGUUACAGGUUUUAACAUCCUUAGCAACGUGAAUAAACAACCAUCUAUUCAUCGCCAGUCAAAUGUUUAUUAAGAAAAAAAUCUUGUUUUGUACAAAUCAGUUUCAAACAAUUCAGAGUAAAAGUAACUCAUAUUAGUUUUGGGGAUACGGUUCAUUGUAAUAUAAUAUUGCAAUAAAAAAUAUAUAUUAGGUAAAUUAACAUCAUUUUCCUGGUAUUCCACCAAAUUAAAUGUGUCACUGGUAAUUAUAUUUACUGACGAUCUGAAGGUGUCGCCACUGGAAGCUGAGGGUAUAUUGCUGGAAUUUGACACACCAACUUCCUCAUCUAAUGUCAUUUAUUUAAGUAUCUUUAAGUUCAGGAGAAUUAUUAGCAUCCAUCUUUUCUCUAAUCAUGGUAUUAAAUAUUGUUUAAAUAAAUAUAUUGUAAGCAACACUCCACCAUAUCGUAGUAGCAGAAUUCAUUUCUUUACUAUCACAGUAAUGUCGUAAAUUUUUGCAUAAAUCAUGAGAUUUUAUGGUGACCAAUAAAAUGCUGAAGAUACCAUGAAAUGUAAUGAGUGUUAUUACUGCCUCCUCCAAAUUAAAAAUCUUUGCUUCGCUACGCUCUGCCUUCUUUAACUUUUGGCCUCUGCAGUAAUAAUUUAUUAUAAUUCUAGAUAUGAUAAUAGCGAUUGAACAAAAAUACAACUUUGCUUAUUACUAAAGGAUUUUUCAAGUUAUUAUUUUGAUUAACUCUAUACAUUUCUGUGUUUCAGUGUUUCAAAAUUCUCUCUUAAUUUUUCUUCCAUUCUAGUUAUGGUUUUGGAAUCUUUAAAAUACAUUGUAGUGAGCUAUUUAUAGGCAAGAUUUGAGAAUUAAUAUUAUUACAUUUGUGAAACUGUUUUCAGUUUUUGUGGUUUCACUUGUAUUGAUAUGUGGAUUAAAAAUUCAUUCCCUUCUCGCAGCUCAUUGUUGGAUCAUAAAGGCUCAAAUCCUAUUCAGUGCCAUUUAAUUUCAUAGGUUUCAUGCCUGAGAUUUAUUUAUUAAAGAUUUUAAUGAAUGAAGAAUAUUUGUAACUAAACAUGGAAUAUUUUGCAUAUAUGUUAAAAAGUUGGGGUAUAUUUACUAUUGAAAAUAUAAACAAACAUGGAAUAUAAAUUGUUUGUAAUUGUUGAAUGACAGGAGUACCACGUGAUUGUUAUAGAUGUUAUUCAUGUAGCUUAUUGUGUUUUAAAAAUUGUAGACAAGCAGUAAAAAUAUAUGAUAUCUGUAUUUGUUUUUCCUGCAUGUUGUAUAAUUUUCUUCUAACAAUUUCCCAUUGUGCUAAAUAUACAAUAGAUGUUUGUAACCUGAGGAAAGUGAAUUAUCAUUAAACACAUAUAUGAUGGUAUGUCAGUGAAUAACAGUACUAAAAAGCGAAGAAAAAUACUUCUACUAUAGAUCUAUGGACUUCUAAGGCAUCUUGAAGUAGACUAAACAGUGGUAUUUGGAUAUGUCGAGAUCAGAACUGUGUCCAGGAUGCACCAAGUAGUUUUGAAGAAUGUGAAUGGUGUGGGGGAGCUGUUUGUGGACUUACAUUAUAUUGCAACAAAAAACGUCUGUUGACACUCCAUUGGUGUGUUCUUAUUUGCAGAAUUAAAUAUGACUAAUGUGCUUCUGGUUUGCCACUUCAUAAAUAGUCACUUUUAAGUUAUUCAGAAUCAGGACGCAGACUCAUUCAAUGUUGAGAUUCAAUGAGUGAUGAGGCUGGAAUGCUUUUUCAUCAUCCUGCGUGAUUGUUCAACAGCUUUAGAAAGAUUCAAUCCACAGGGAAAUCUUUUGCCAAGAAAGUACACUACGUCUGCAUUGUGCUGAAUGUUAUCUGUGAAUGUUCAGCAUCUGGAACACAUUCAGAUCAUAAAAACUGGAUUACAACAUGUCUCUCUUUUGGCCCAUCUGUGUUUACAUGUCCUCAGCUCAAGUGAUACAGCUGAAACGUGCCAUAAGCAAAGUGAUCAAAGUCAUAUUAACUGCUGGCUAAUGCACAAUGCUCUACAGUCGGUGUACAGACAAUUAGAAUGAAAGUGCAAAUAUUUAUUGACUUAUCUUCAUAUGUUUAGUUUUUGGUAAAAAAAUGUAUUCCUGAAUAAUCAAAAUAAAACCAGAUAUUUCUGAAACCCUUACGGUAGUGAUGGAAAGUUGGAAUGACAUUGUCAUUAAAAACUGCUCUGCAUGAUGAAUGAUUACAAGAAUUUCUUUAUUAAGGAGUAAACAAUUCAUCUCUACAUCUGACAUUGAUCGCUCCCUCAAUCAUCUGACACUGUUAGCUGGUGUCUUGAGUGAAUCAUAGCCACUCAAAUUUAGAUUUUAAUUCAUCUAAAUAUGAAAUUAAGACUUAUUAUUUUAUUUAACACUAUAGUAAUCAGGAAUAAUGAAAAUGAAUCCUUGGUAAAUCUAUCAGAUAUGUCAAUAAUAGGAAAAAAAAGAAAUUGAACUAUUCAUGUAUAACAAAUUCACUUUCAUCAUAGAUAUUGGUGAAUGGCUGAGAAAAAAAAACAGUUAUCAACUUUCUGACAGAUGGUUAAGUAACAAGUGAAAGGAGGAAAAAUGUAUGUAUACAUUAAAGUAAAUAAUAUG